CUUUGUCACCACUUUGCUUCUUCACCUCUUACUCCGAGAACAAAGCUUUCGCUCUCAAAAACACCAUCACUUAAUGAAAUGAAAAAUCAUUAUUUUCUGGUUAAUGCGUGAAACCCAAUUAUGGCUUCUCUUCAAAUCUUCAAGUCCACCCUCUCUCCCAGCCCUGUUUCCCAGUCAAGUUUCACCGGAAAAUCCAGGUGGGUCUUGUCGGAAAUUCAGUCCAGGAAUAACAGUAUCAUCAGGCUCUCUGGUUAUUAUUACUUGAGGAGGAGGAGGUUCAGGGUCUGCUGCAAAGCUCAAGAAUCAGAUAACAAAAGCAAUGGGGAAGAACCGCCCGAGUCAUUGUUUAUGAAGGAAUUGAGGAGGAGGGGUAUGAGUCCGACUUCUUUGCUUGAGGAAGCAGAGAGGACCGAGCGUGGAAUCAAUGAUGAGAGGGGCAAAGGAGAUAGAGGUUUCUCAAAUAGAAAUGCGGUCUCAACUGAAGUGGAGAAAAGCCUGGCUAAUCAAAGGGAGCGAUCCAUGCAGUUGAACAGUGAAGGCCUCGAGGGGUUGAUCCCUCGAGGAAGACUCUUGCUGACGCUUGGAGGGACAUUCUUCUUGGCAUUUUGGCCAUUUAUGGUCAUAAGUGUAGCACUAUUCUCUGCUCUCUAUUUCUACUUUGGACCAACAUUUAUCCAUGAUGCAAACAACAGAAUAUCACCACCUCAAUACAUUGAUCCGUAUGAACUUCUGGAAGAUGAUAGGAUUUCUCAAAUAGCCCCUCGUGUAAAGUGAAGCACAAGUCUUUCACAUAACUUAGAUUCCAAAUACAGGUGUCUGUUGCCUAUUCUCUUGGCUCUUGUUUAUUCUUUCUCUGUAUAAAUCUCAAACUUAUCAAUAACUUUUCUUGUUCUAUAUGUUUAUUACUUUGUCACCAACCUCUAAAUGCACUUACUUACGAUGUUGUUUUGGCUGA